AUGUCCUACGGAAAAGCAGCAGCAGAGAGAUUAUUAAACAAAGUCAUCCUCAUCACAGGAGCCUCUUCCGGUAUUGGCCUUGCCAUUGCGGAAGAGUUAGCAGCCGUGCAAUCCAACAUCAAGUUGAUCCUCACUGCGAGAAGAUUAGACGUGUUGAAAGAGCUGAAGGCCUCGUUGGAGAAACAGUACCCCGGGAUCAGCAUCUUGGCUCAGGAGUUGGACGUCUCGAAAGUCGAGACCAUUGCUCCUUUCAUCAAGAACUUGCCCGAGGAGUUUGCCGAUAUCGAUGUCUUGGUCAACAAUGCGGGCUUGGCGUUGGGCAGGGACUUUAUCGGGGAAAUCGAGACCCAGGACAUCGAAACCAUGUUCCAGACUAACGUCUUGGGGUUGAUCACCAUCACCCAGGCCGUGUUGCCAAUCAUGAAAAGACGCAACUCUGGUACUAUUCUCGGUAUCGGGUCGAUUGCUUCGCGUGAUGGGUACCCUGGCGGCUCAGUUUACUGCGCCACUAAAGCCAGCGUUCGUGCAUUCUUCCAAAGCUUGCAAAAGGAAACCAUCUCCACCAAGAUUCGCGCUAGUUUGUUGGAACCGGGCCAAGUUUGGACCAACUUCAGCUUGACGCGAUUCAAAAACGACGAGCAGAAAGCCGCUGACGUUUACAAAGGCGGCGAGCCUUUGAACGCGGCUGAUAUCGCCGAGAUUGCGGCGUUUAUCUUGACGAGGAGAGAAAACACCGUGAUUGCUGAAACGUUGGUGUUCCCUACCAACCAAGCUAGCUCAGCCCACGUUUAUAGAGCAGAAUAG